AUGUCUACGAAGACAAUGAAUUCAACGUCAGCGGCACGGCUGCCGCCACCUUCGCAGCAGCAGGAUUUGAAGUGCACGCCCGUGUUUGAUGCAACUGAGAUCACAGAUGAUCGCAGACAGGCCCUACAGCAACUGCUAAGCAAGGGUCAUAUUACUGUGGCACCACUUCGUGAGCCCAAAUUGAUCCUCCACAGCCAUCUUCCUCACCUUCUAGGGUCAGCAUAUAUUCUUGGCGCUAGCAGAAAGCAAUUGGAAGAACUAUACGAGCAUGAGAUCACCAGCCUGGUGCACGUAGAUGACACUUUCAUCCGAGGUCAUAAUAUCUCAACAAAGGACUGGAGAAAUUUCCUCGGCGAGAAAUCUUACACGGUUGCGUACGUGGACUUUUUUGACGAUGAAGUCAAACGGAACAAUGGGGACUGGAAGAUUGUUUUGCAGCAAUACCUCUUCUCGGGGCCUGAGCCUCUCAUCAACGGUUUCAUUGGAGGCCUUGGCCAUCCCUUCAUUCACCUCGCCUACGCAUGGGAGUUACAGAACCCAGCUGUGGCGACGGAGGCACUGAGCUUAGGAUGUACCGAAUAUAUUUCGCUCCACAGUCUCCUCGACCAAGCUCCGCCAGAUAAUUCUACGUACAAGACAACCGAUCUCGGAGAGAUCAUUAGCCGCAUCAAGGCUGAUGAUCGCCUGGACAAUCUGUUUACGUACCCUGGGAUCACCAAUAUUGGAAUUUUGCUCGGCAAGCGUUACGAUGUUCUUCUGGAACACUGGAACGCGUGGCAAGUGACUAACCCCCUAGAGCAGUUGGAGAAAUGCUGCGACCUAUCAUUACUACUAGGAAUCGGCACUGGAGAUCCAGUGCAUCAGUAUGAUUUCUACCUGAUUCAUACAAUGACGGUCGCUCAAGCCAUCCGAGUCUUGUGGCAUAUGAUUCCUAAAGAGCGACAUGCCUCUAUUCUGAAGCAGUACGCUCUCUUCCUGCUUUUAGUCUACAUUUGCCAGAUCAAACCAGAUUUCCCCGACGAUAUCAUUGAACGGGUUAGUUCAGUUGAUCUGAGGGGUCGUGAUUGGACCUGGGUCAUGGAGAGGGCCCUGAGCCACCCCUGGGCUAAGGAUUCACACUUUUUCAAGGUUGUGCGCGCCCCAAUGGCUUUUGAAGAUACAUUUGGCAAGAAAGACGACUUUUACUUGAAAGCCUCGGUGAAGUACCUAGCUGAAUUUGAUGGUUGGGAAGGGUUUGGAGAGGGCGUUGAAGGAUUCCUACCUAACCGCGACGGGUUUCGCCCCGACAAUAGUUAA